AUGACACCGUCUCUCACUCCCCAGAACACCGCCUCUCGCUCGUUCUCCCCAGAACACCGCCUCUCGCUCGUUCGCCCAAGAACACCGCCUCUCGCUCGCUCGCUCACCCCAGAAACACCGCCUCUCGCUCGCUCGCUCUCCCCAGAAACACCGCCUCUCGCUCGCUUGCUCGCUCUCCCCAGAAACACCGCCUCUCGCUCGCUUGCUCGCUCUCCCCAGAAACACCGCCUCUCGCUCGCUUGCUCGCUCUCCCCAGAAACACCGCCUCUCGCUCGCUUGCUCGCUCUCCCCAGAAACACCGCCUCUCGCUCGCUUGCUCGCUCUCCCCAGAAACACCGCCUCUCGCUCGCUUGCUCGCUCUCCCCAGAAACACCGCCUCUCGCUCGCUUGCUCGCUCUCCCCAGAAACACCGCCUCUCGCUCGCUUGCUCGCUCUCCCCAGAAACACCGCCUCUCGCUCGCUUGCUCGCUCUCCCCAGAAACACCGCCUCUCGCUCGCUUGCUCGCUCUCCCCAGAAACACCGCCUCUCGCUCGCUUGCUCGCUCUCCCCAGAAACACCGCCUCUCGCUCGCUUGCUCGCUCUCCCCAGAAACACCGCCUCUCGCUCGCUUGCUCGCUCUCCCCAGAAACACCGCCUCUCGCUCGCUUGCUCGCUCUCCCCAGAAACACCGCCUCUCGCUCGCUUGCUCGCUCUCCCCAGAAACACCGCCUCUCGCUCGCUUGCUCGCUCUCCCCAGAAACACCGCCUCUCGCUCGCUUGCUCGCUCUCCCCAGAAACACCGCCUCUCGCUCGCUUGCUCGCUCUCCCCAGAAACACCGCCUCUCGCUCGCUUGCUCGCUCUCCCCAGAAACACCGCCUCUCGCUCGCUUGCUCGCUCUCCCCAGAAACACCGCCUCUCGCUCGCUUGCUCGCUCUCCCCAGAAACACCGCCUCUCGCUCGCUUGCUCGCUCUCCCCAGAAACACCGCCUCUCGCUCGCUUGCUCGCUCUCCCCAGAAACACCGCCUCUCGCUCGCUUGCUCGCUCUCCCCAGAAACACCGCCUCUCGCUCGCUUGCUCGCUCUCCCCAGAAACACCGCCUCUCGCUCGCUUGCUCGCUCUCCCCAGAAACACCGCCUCUCGCUCGCUUGCUCGCUCCCCCCAGAAACACCGCCUCUCGCUCGCUUACUCGCUCCCCCCAGAAACACCGCCUCUCGCUCGCUUGCUCGCUCCCCCCAGAAACACCGCCUCUCGCUCGCUUGCUCGCUCCCCCCAGAAACACCGCCUCUCGCUUGCUCGCUCCCCCCAGAAACACCGCCUCUCGCUCGCUCGCUCUCCCCAGAAACACCGCUUCUUGCUCGCUCGCCCCAGAAACACCGCCUCUCGCUCGCACUCCCCUGA